AUGACUUCAAGAGGCAGCCAGUCGAAUAACCCAUCUGGCUCCAAAUUCACUGGAGGGAAUCAGCACCGUCGUACAGGCUCGAAAAAUUGGUCACAUAUCAAUGUAUCCUCAGCACCCAAUUACAGUGCGUCCACGUUCGCGGCCAAUGGAAGAAAGGCAAAUAGCGCUGCUCAGGUGGGCACAACUCAAGGAAAUCAACCUGCGUACCAUCUGGCGAACUCAGCGCAGGACCAAGAAGCAUCGUUGAGGCAUAUGAACGAUCGAUUAUUGUUUGGACUUAUCCGGAGUAUUGGUUGUAAAAGUAGAAUAACUACCAACUCCGGAGCUACUUAUGAUGGAAUUUUAUACACCAGUGGUGACAUCACGGAUUCAGGAGUUGGUUUAAUUUUGAAAUACCCGCAACUGAAAAAAGGUUCGUUUACCCCAUCAGAAGAGGUCAAUAAUAAAGCUGAGCUUCCGGAGACGCUAAUUUUUUCUGAAAAGGAUAUACUGAAGAUGGAAUUCGAAGAUGUGGAUUUCGAACCUAUUCAGCAAUCUGGAAAACCGAGAUUGAAUACCUCAGGCAGAAGUUUUAGGACAGACAUCGAUAUAUCGGCUAACUCUGCAUUCCACGAGAGAGAAUUGCAGAAAUGGGUACCGGAUGAAGAUAUUGAUGCAAGAUUGACCGAAGGUUUGGGGGACGCCGACUCAAACGUCCAUUGGGAUCAAUUCGAAGUGAACGAACGUAAAUUUGCAAGGGAAAUUGAGUCUCAAGGCCACAAUGGUAAUAUACACCUUGCUGAAGAGAGAGGUAUUAUAGUAGAUGAUAGCGGAGUUGACGAAGAAGACAAAUAUUCAGGUGUUGCCAGAGAGCCUGCCUCUCAAAACGAGGGCGACGCAUUACUACUCGGAAUGUUGAGGGCUAACACCAAAGAUCAUAAGACUGAAUUGAGAUCGACUGCCACAGGGAAGUACGUACCUCCUAGACAGCGUGGUGCCAACUUUCAUGGUGAUCCUGCCAUAGUUACCAGCUCAGCCACUGAACACAGAAAAGAUGCUACUCUCGAGUCAUCUGUGGGCUUGGAUGCACAUGAUCACGGCUCUAGUGACCACCAGACACAUGCUUCUCACUCUGAGCGCCUGAAAAACACAACGACUGAAAGCCGGAAGUUUAAUCACCAGAAUGAAAUCAAUUCGUUACGGGAAUUCUCGGCAACCUUCAAAGUGCCAUCAAAGAUUCCUCCAGAUUUACUUCCUAUACUUUCGAAAGAUAAAACCCCCACCCCUAUUUUGAGUAAAAAAAAGAUGGACCCAAGGACUGCUCCCACAUUCAAGAUGAACCCAAAUUCAGUUCCCUUUUCUCCAAGCUUUUCGUCUUCAAGAAACUCUCCAGCUUUAAACUCCGGUGAGAUAGUACAAUCUCCGCAGCAGCGCAACAAGAAAGAAGCAGCAUCUUUUUUCCCUACAGGUAAAUCGCCAAAGGAGUUACCAAUUCGUAGUACCUGUGGAAGUUUUUUCAACACCAAAUUUAACGUGCUUAUCAAGGCGCGGAUCGAGUAUGAGGAAAAGAACGAAACGAAGAAUGUUCUUAUAAUUAAUAUCGAAAAACCUUUUGCGACGCCUCCAACUUGGCCAUCGACCGUUGAGGAAUCAUACAAAAUGGCAUUUUCAAAACAGCCUGAGUGGAUUGGGUCUCCAGCGACAAUACCACCGAUGCAAAAAAGGAUGUAUCAAGUCUCAGCUCAACCUUUCCCAAUGAUGGCUCCUCCACCUCAACAGCAUCCACCAGUGCCUCAGCCUGUAAUGAUGGCUCAGCCUAUGCAAAUGGAUCCUCACAAUAUGCACAUGCCCCAGCCCACAUUUGUGGUUCCUCAAUUUCAACAGCCUCAAUUCAUUCCUUUUUACCAGCCGCCACCAAGCGUGCCACAGAUGGCCUAUGGAAUUCCUCAAAACCAGAAUCUUGCGAGUGGUGCUAUACCGGUAUCAAUGAGACAGCAAGGGCAUCGAAACUCAAGGAACCAUUACAACACCCAGCAACAACUGAACGCUAGGGGCGGAAAUGGUUACAAAUUUUGA